CGAAGAUUUAAAAGUGAAUUAUUUCCUAAUCGUUGAAUGAAAAUGACUCUAAAUUGAAACAUACUACUCUCCUUUUUUAAUAUUUUUCAAUUUAAUUACAUAAUUAGGAUAGAUUUUUGUUGCUCUUGAUUAAUUGUCGAAAUGUCAGUGUAUAGGAGUGAGCCAAUGUCUAUGUGUCAGCUGAUUCUGACUGAUGAUGUCGCAUUCAACUGCAUGGCUGAACUUGGAGACAUAGGACUUGUUAAUUUCAAAGAUUUGAACAAGAAAGAUACAGUGUUUAAAAGGAAAUUUUAUAAUGAAGUGAAGAGGUGUGAAAACUUGGAGAGGCAGAUGAAAUAUUUGAUGAGUGAGAUGAAGAAGAAGAACAUCCAACUGCCACCAAUGGGUCUGGUCAGCCACGUUCCACCCGUCAAUCCGAGAAUGCUGGCCGAAUACGAGACUCGCAUAGAAAAGUUGGAGAGAGAAGUGCGGAGCAUCGAGUCGAGCAUAGGACUCUUAACUCAGAACUACACGAACCUCACAGAACUGAAACACCUGCUCAGGAAAACUCAAACAUUCUUCGACGAGGUUGACAGCAGACAGCAAGACUCGCGGAUCGACCAACGAACCGACGACUCAGUCUUGUACAAACCAAGCGCCAACAGCCUGCGACAGCACCAACUCCCUAACCAGGAUUACUCGACGGUCACGUUCCUGUCAGGUAACGAUAGAGAAGUUGGUGCUGCUCUGGCGUCAAAGGGGUCUGCCUUCAACAAACAGGACAAUGCUUAUACGCUGUCUUUCAAGUUGAAUUUCAUAGCGGGAGUGCUGCCGAAGAAGAAGAUGAUGGCCUUCGAGAGGAUGCUCUUCAGGGUCUGCCACUCGAACGUCCUCCUCAAAUACGUCGACGUCCAACUCUCCGUACCCAACGAAUACACGCAGUUGAACCAUGAUAGUGACCUGAACAAAACUGUCUUCCUCAUCUUCUUUCAAGGUGAACAAUUGAAGUCUAAGGUUCUCAAAAUGUGCGAGGGAUUUCAUGCCACUAUUUACCCUUGCCCUGAAACGAGACUGGAGCGUAGGAACAUGGCCCUUGGUGUUAUGAGCCGGUUAGAAGAUCUGAAUAUAGUCUUGAAGCAGACGCAGGACCACCAGCUUUCGGUGCUGAGGGACGCCUCACGUGACAUCCAGACCUGGACCAUCGGAGUGCACAAGACGAAGGCCAUCUACCACCAGCUCAAUAAAUUGCGGCACGAUAAAAAUUUGAAGACCUUGUUCGGGCGGUGCUGGUGCCCCACCAACGAGUUGAACCACGUUCAAAAUACUCUAUAUAUAGGAACUGAAAAAAGUGGGAUGAGCUCAUCAUCGGCCAUCUUGCACAGCAUCUCGACGUCCAGUGUGCCUCCAACCUACCAUGCCAAGAACCAGGUCACUGGCGUCUUCCAAGCAAUCAUCAACGCCUACAGCAUCCCCGCCUACAUGGAGAUUAAUCCUGCCCCAUUCAGCAUCAUCACCUUCCCCUUCUUGUUCUCCUUGAUGUUCGGGGACCUGGGGCACGGCUUCCUGCUCGCCCUCUUCGGCCUCUUCCUCAUCGUGGGCCAGAAAAAAUUCCCACCAGCUCUCAUGAAUAACGAGAUCUUCCGUAUGGGGUUCACAGCCAGGUAUCUUAUACUGCUGAUGGGGACGUUUUCAAUGUACUCCGGCAUCAUGUACAACGACUGCUUCGCUAAGCCUCUCAACUUGUUCGGGUCAUCAUGGUCUGCUAACAACAUGUCUAUGUUAUUAAAAGUGUGGUUAAAAAUGGUUACCAACCAUCUCCCUUACAAGACUGAGAUGAAAGACGCCCAGCCAUUGGAUCCCGUGCGCAAGGAUAUGUUCAGUAGGUCUCCGUACACCAUGGGGAUGGAUCCUACCUGGCAGAUGGCUUCCAACAAGAUAUCCUGGUUGAACUCGUACAAGAUGAAGAUCUCAGUCAUCUUCGGGGUCCUGCACAUGCUCUUCGGAGUCCUGCUCUCCCUCAUGAACCAUCUGCAUUUCAAGAGAUACUUGAACAUAAUCUGCCUCUUUGUGCCGCAAGUCAUCUUCCUCUGCUUCACGUUCGGCUACUUGAUCGUCCUCAUCAUCCACAAGUGGUGCUUCUACGAUGCACGCUCCUCUAAUUCCGCUCCCAGCCUUCUCAUUGGGUUCAUCAACAUGUUCCUCUUUGUGUAUCCAACUGAUCCACCGCAUGCAGUCGUCGGACACUCCAAGAAAAUCCUGCAAAUAAGUUUGAUACUGUUUGCUCUGAUCUGCGUGCCCUGGAUGCUUUUCAUCAAGCCGUACGUUCUCAACAGGAGAGAGGAACAUAAUGGCGAUGAGAACGGAAGCAGUGACGACGACGACGAUGAUGACAUCAUCAACAUCAAUCACCAUGACAACCAUCAGAGAGGCCUUCGUAUGCAGAUGAAUCAGUCUUCGAGGUCGGGAGAAGGAGAGGUGAACAGCAGUUCAGGAAGCAUCAGAAACGAACUUCUCAAGAGGGGAGCCAGGAAGAAAAAGAAGGAGUUCAGUUUUGGGGAGGUGUUCAUCAAUUCAUGCAUCCAUACCAUCGAGUACUGUCUGGGUUGCAUAUCACACACGGCAUCCUAUCUGCGAUUGUGGGCCUUAAGUCUGGCACACGCUCAACUGUCUGACGUUCUCUGGGGCAUGGUGCUACACCAGGGUCUGACGAUGGGGGGAAGGUAUGGUUACGGCUACAUCUUCCUCUUCCUCUUCUUCACACCCUGGGCAGUCAUGACUACCGUCAUCCUCCUAGCCAUGGAGGGUCUCUCUGCUUUCCUUCACACUCUCAGACUUCACUGGAUUGAAUUCAUGAGCAAGUUCUUCAUAGGCGGGGGUCGUGCUUUCGAUCCGUUCAUGUACAGGUUCAACGAUUUGAACGACUUCUACUAUUGAUCGAUCUAUUGAGUGAUCUUUUGAUCGAUUGUUGGACUGAAUUACUAAAUGAGUGAAUUAAUUAAUUAAUGAAUAACAGUCAACAGUCCAUAAAAUAUUGCCCUAUUCAUAUUUAUGUAUAUAUGGUUAUAAUUUGUGAUUCAUUAAUUAAUUAAUUUCUCGGUUGUUUUUCAUUUUUAUUUCAGUAAAAUUAAUUAAGGUUGUUAUUGACUGGCGUCAUCAUCAUUAUCAACAUCAUUAUUUUUAUCAUCAUCAUUAUCAUUACUGCUAGUAUUCUAAACAAUGUAUUCAUAACUCGAAUGUAUUAUAUUGUUAAAUAUUUCAAAUUGCAAUUAUUAUUUCCUCAAUAAUUUUGUUAUUGAGUUCUUUCCACUCUGUUCAACA